CAUGCAUGGUCAGUUAAAUUUUGCAUUUUGUAAAAUAAAAGCUAUAUAAAUAAAAACAAACUGCUACUCGAAAUAUUUACAUGUUGAAGUUUGCAGGGAAACGCUAAAAAUGUUACAGGUGCUUUAUCUGCUGAUUUGUAUGGUUGCCUUGUCUCGAUCUGACUGUCCGUGUAAGAAUGAAAUAAGAAACUACAACAUCUGCACGAAGUCUGCCAAUUCAUGUGGUCUUCACCUCAGCGAAUUUGAAGAGUGUAUAAAGAACAGAUUUACUUCAAUGGAGACCGAAUUGACAACUUUGAAAACAUAUCUUCCAGGUAAAAAGCCUGUCUCUUUCAUGGCUCAACCAUCCUCAAGGUUCAAAUCUUCGUCUGGGAAGUUUCUUAAAUUUGGAAGAGUUACAACCAAUAAAGGGAACGGAUACGACGGCAAGACUGGUGUGUUUACCGCCCCUGUAGCAGGAACCUACUCCUUUACUCUUACCAUCGGUAUGCCUACACCCUCCAGCACGUCAGACUACUUGAGGUUACAUAUACUACAUAACAAUUAUCAAGUUGGAUUUUGGUGGACUCCAUGGGUGGGAAAGUGGAUUAAAAUCUCCGAAAAUAUUCUUCUUGACAUGAAGAAGGGAGACAACGUACGCAUCAAGGUGUACUCAUGGCCAAAAGAGUUUCAGUAUAUCGGAGGUACAACCCAUUCCAACUUCAAUGGUUUCUUAAUACAAUGAAGGAAACAUUUACAUAAUGAAUCUGAAAUGAAAAUUGAUAAAUAAAUAUCUGACCAGCAUCA